AUCCUCGUUUUCUCCGAAACAACUUAACAACAAUGGCGCCUUCUAGGAUGUGGUUGUGCUGCUUUGUUCUUGCAUCCUCGUUGCUGUUCAGUCUCUGCCUUGCUGUCCCGGUGAAGCUGACGGUGAGAGGCGUCACCACCGUCGCCGAGACGGAGGAUAACUUCGUCUGCGCCACCAUGGACUGGUGGCCGGAGACUAAGUGCAACUACAACCAGUGCCCCUGGGGAAAAGCUGGCCUCCUCAAUCUAGAUCUGGAAAACGAAAUUCUCAUAAAUGCCAUCAAAGCAUUCGAUCGUCUUAGGUUGAGAGUGGGAGGUUCAUUGGAAGACCAAGUGUUGUACGAGGUUGGGUAUGCAGUGAAAAACUGCACAGAUUUCAAAAGAACAGAAGGUGGCUUGUUUGGGUUCUCCCAAGGUUGUCUUCACAUGUCUAGAUGGGAUGAGCUACACAAAAUGUUCAAUGAAACUAGGGCCGUUAUGACAUUCGGGUUGAAUGCUCUAUUCGGAAGGCAAAAGGCUAAGAAAGAUGGUACCCUUUGGGUGGGUGAUUGGAACCCACAAAAUGCCCGUGAUCUUAUGGAGUACACGGUAUCAAAGGGAUACAAAGUUGAAUCAUAUGAACUCGGGAAUGAGCUGUGUGGAAGUGGAGUGUCUGCAAGAGUGGAGGCAGAACAAUAUGGGAAAGAUAUUGUGGCUCUCAAAAACGUUGUGGAAGAAGUCCACCCCAAUCCAACAUCCCGACCAAAAGUGUUGGGUCCUGCAGGAUUCUACGAUGAGAAGUGGUUCAAUACCUUCCUUCAGACCUCAGGUGCUAACGUUGUUGAUGGUUUGACCCACCAUAUCUACAAUCUUGGUUCAGGUGAUGAUGAGAACCUGAUUCAUAAGAUUCAAGAUCCAUUUUAUCUUGAUCGGAUUGCACAGACAUUCAAGGAUGUUUCUAGCAGUGUUCAAAGGUUUGGGCCAUGGUCUGGUGCUUGGGUGGGAGAGGCUGGUGGUGCUUAUAACAGUGGUGGAAAGCAUGUUUCUCACUACUUUGCCGAUGGCUUCUGGUACUUGGAUCAACUGGGAAUGACAGCAACUUUCAACCACAAAGUGUACUGCAGACAAGCCCUGAUUGGAGGGAACUAUGCUCUCCUCAACACAACAACCUUCAUCCCAAAUCCAGAUUACUAUGGAGCACUCUUGUGGAAUAGGUUGAUGGGCAAGAAAGUGCUCGCUGUGUCCCACGACAGCUCCCCGUACCUUCGCACCUAUGCUCACUGUUCUAAACACGGAGGUGGGAUCACUGUGCUCCUGAUCAACAUGUCGAACUCGACAACCUUUAGGGUCCGUACCAGGAACGACAUGAAUCUGUACUCUGCAAGUGCUCGACGCCUUCUUCUCCUCAAGGAUGCGCCCGAGCGAGAAGAGUACCACUUGACACCAGAAGGCGGGAACAUCCAGACCGACGUUGUCCUGCUAAAUGGAACCCCGCUGAAGAUCACCAACGGCUCUCGUAUUCCUGUCAUGAACCCAAGGCUUGUUGAUCCUUCCAUGCCUAUCAAUGUCGCCCCUUACUCCAUUGUCUUCGCCAACAUCAAAGGCUUCAGGGCCCCUGCUUGUUAGAAGCAACAAUCUGUUCACUGUUUCUUAGGUUUAGACAGUUUAGUUUCAUAGUCCUAGGUUUUAGGUAUGUAUGAGGGAACAGUUACUAAUGUUUGUUUGUUUUAGUAA